AUGUUUUCUCCCGUGACAGAGGCCGAGACGCGACAGAAAUUGCUGCGCAAUGUGAAGAAAGAGGUGAAACAAAUUAUGGAGGAGGCAGUAACGAGGAAAUUUGUGCAUGCUGACAGCAGCCAUAUCAUAUCUUUCUGUGCUGUAGUGGAGGCCUGUGUGCUUCAUGGACUGAAGCGCCGUAUUGCAGGUCUGCUGUGCAGUAACAAGGUUGCAGCGCUUUUUAUGAAGGUGGCAAAAAGCUUUUCGCCUGCUGAGGAACUCUGCCACAAGGUCCAGGAGCUGGAACAGCUUAUUGAAAACAGCAAACAGAACAAUUCUUCUCUGAGUAACGACCGCAGUCGGCAGGCUAAGUUGGCCAACCUCCCUCCUCAGGCACUGAAACACCUGUGGAUUCGAACUGCGCUGAUGGAGAAGCUCUUGGACAAAAUUGUCCUGUACUUGGUAGAGAAUAGCAGUGCCUUCUAUGAGAAAGAAGCUAUGCUGAUGGAUCCUGUGGAUGGACCAAUUCUUGCAUCUCUAUUGGUUGGCCCUUGUGCUUUGGAGUACACCAAAGUUAAGACUGCAGACCAUUUCUGGACAGACCCAUCUGCUGACGAGCUUGUACAGCGACAUCGCAUCCAUAGCGGCCACUGUCGGCAGGAUUCUCCCUCCAGACGACCUGCACUGAUCCAGAAGAGGCAGUCCAGUGGUAGCAUGGAUGAUCGCCCUCUCAUGUGGGUGAGGGAAUAUGUUGAAUCACUCCACCAAAACUCCAGAGCCACGCUUCUGUUUGGGAAGAACAAUGUCCUGGUGCAGCCGAGAGAUGACAUGGAGGCCAUCCCAGGCUACCUUUCUCUGCACCAAACUGCAGAUCUUAUGACACUGAAAUGGACGCCCAAUCAGCUGAUGAAUGGCAAUGUGGGGGAGCUAGAUUCUGAGAAAAGUGUUUAUUGGGAUUAUGCUAUGACUAUUCGUUUGGAAGAGAUUGUGUAUCUCCACUGCCAUCAGCAAGUGAAUAGUGGUGGGACAGUAGUUUUGGUGAGCCAGGAUGGGAUCCAGAGACCUCCUCUACAUUUCCCCAAAGGAGGCCACCUACUCCAGUUUCUCACCUGCCUGGAGACUGGCCUGCUGCCUCAUGGACAGCUGGACCCGCCGCUCUGGAAUCAGAGAGGAAAGGGAAAGGUUUUCCCAAAAUUACGAAAGAGGAGUCCACACGGGUCAUGUGAUUCUGUAUCAGACAAGGAAGAUGAUGAAGCAACCGAUUAUGUGUUUCGGAUCCUGUUUCCUGGUAAUCAGGUGGAGUUCAUGGCUCUAGAGCUGAUGGACCAGGGUGUGAACAUGUGGCAACCAACCCCCAGAAAGUCCUCGUGCUCUUCCUGCUCACAAAAUGGCUCUUCGGAUGGCUCUCUGCCUAAUGGCUGUAAUCAAGAAAGGGCUCCCUUAAAGCUCCUUUGUGACACCAUGAAAUACCAGAUAAUCUCGCGUGCUUUCUAUGGAUGGCUUGCAUACUGCCGUCAUCUGUCAACAGUUCGUACCCACCUUUCUGCUCUGGUGAACACCACUAUAGUUGACCCUGAUGUGCCCUGUGAUGCCCAAAGCGGUCUCUCUGUGGAGGUCUGGAGCAGAUUCCUCAAAGACAGCUCUGCCUAUGAGGAAAAGGAGAUCCACAGGCUUGUGUAUUUUGGUGGUGUGGCCCCUUCACUACGCAAAGAGGUCUGGCCCUUCCUGUUGGGACACUACCAGUUCACCAUGACUGAGAAAUCCAGGCUGGAGAUUGAUGAGAAGAUGCGGAUCAUGUAUGAGCAGACUAUGAAGGAUUGGCAAGGUUGUGAGGCCAUCGUCCGUCAGAGGGAGAGAGAGAAGCAUGCUGAGGCCCUUGCCAGAUGUUCAUCUGGAGCCAGUGUGGAAAGAGGACCAGUGCAGCGGGACUCCACCAUCAGUACAGAUUCGUCUUUAAGUAGCAGCUCAGAUCAACAGAAUGCCACCUCACAGAGUGAUUCCAGCAGUAGCGCACAGGUAUUUGGAUCAGUUGAGGCAGUGGAUCAGAUUGAGUCUGAGCCCAGGCCUGAGGAGGGAGAAGUACAGCACAGUAGUCCAGUGAAGGACCCCUUCACCCCCUCCUCUCCAGAUCUGUCAAAUCAACGUUCAGGUUCAGAAAACAGGCCUCUUGAAACUGAGUCUGCUGUGGGAUCUACAACAUCUCAGUCAUCAGCUGAAGCAUCAGAAGUCUUAAAUGAGAAGAUUACAACUGGAUCACAGCCAGAAGAGACGGAUUUUAUGGACUCAGUCGACAAGGACAAGAUUUCAGAGAUGGAACGGAUGGAGGCGGUUUCAAGUGAGGUAGCUGAGGACACUGGAAUCAGUAAGUCAAAAGAGACAUCGAAACCUGAAGAAAAACCUGAAGUAGAAGUAAAAGAUAUAACAGCUGCUGAACAAUCUGAAGAUUUAAAAGCAGUAGACGCAAAUACAAAUUUAAGAGCUGCUCCAGAGAACACUAAUGUUCUAAAGCUGGAAACAGAGAUUCAUAAUGAAUAUUUCCAAGCACCUCUACUUGGGCAGACCUUGAUUUUUCAGGCACACAAGAGCAAAGAUCUGGAAGUGCAGCCAUUAUGCCCACCUAAACCAGAAAUAGAUACAAGUCAUCAAAUUGAAAAAAAGUCAGAGAUUUCUGAAAAGCCUGAACCACCCUCUGAAAAACAGCUGUCACAAAUGAUCAAAACCUCUCCAGAAAGAAAGGAAGCCGAAGCAACAGUUUGUAACUUGGCCGAAACCAAAAAGGACAAAGCUACAGAAAUUCCAUUUGACAAACCUGGUUCAAAUUCACCAGUUAGACAAGUGCUGAAUGCUCUUCAGUCAGCAUCAAGGGGGAGCCUUUCAUUAUCUUCACACUCUCGGCAGUCUCCAGACACAGCAGAUUCAGAUGACUCUCCUUCUGCACUGGAAAUGGAGGACAUUCCUGCAGGGAUAACAUGUGUGACCUCUGAGGAUAUUAAGGCCAGGCCUUUGGCAGGUCUUUCUGCACCGCCCAUCUCUUUCGCACAGAGAGAGAAAAUGGCAUCCGAAAGCCUUGUCCUAGAUCACCAUCUGGACACAGCUUGUAACACCAGUCCUGAGGGCACUGACCCCGGCCUUUCUGAAGAGGAGCCUGAGAUGGAGAAUGUGCUAACUGAACCAGAGUCUGCAGAGGUGGGAGGAGACACCAAGCAUGAUGAAUCCUCAGAAGAACAAACUUAUUCUCAAGAAACACUGGACAUGUACUUGAUCAACUUACAUCGCAUUGACAAAGAUGUUAGGCGUUGUGACAGAACAUACUGGUACUUCACUCCUGAGAACCUGGAGAAGCUGCGUAACAUCAUGUGCAGUUACGUGUGGCAGCAUCUGGAUACAGGUUAUGUCCAGGGCAUGUGUGAUCUGCUGGCUCCCCUACUGGUUAUUCUGGACGAUGAGGUCAUGGCAUUUAGCUGCUUCACAGAACUGAUGAAGAGGAUGAACCAGAAUUUUCCUCAUGGAGGUGCCAUGGACUCCCACUUUGCCAAUAUGCGUUCUCUUAUCCAGAUCCUGGACUCUGAGUUGUUUGAACUGAUGCAGCAGAAUGGAGACUAUACUCACUUCUACUUCUGCUAUCGCUGGUUUCUUCUGGACUUUAAAAGAGAAAUGGUGUAUGAUGAUGUGUUCUCCGUGUGGGAAACCAUCUGGGCAGCCAAGCACACCUCCUCCGAGCACUUUGUGCUCUUCAUUGCUCUGGCACUUGUGGAGAUGUAUAGAGACAUCAUCCUAGAAAAUAACAUGGACUUCACAGACAUCAUCAAGUUCUUCAAUGAAAUGGCAGAGCGACAUAACGUCCCCCAGGUUCUGAUGAUGGCUCGAGACUUGGUCCACAAAGUGCAGACUCUCAUCGAAAACAAGUGAUGCACAACGCUGCUGUUUAAAUUAAACAACGAACCUUUGCGCUAAAUUGUUUCAAGAUACUGACACAGUCACGUAACAGUCAUGUAUUCAAGAGGAAAGGAAUCAAUGAAAAUGAAAUGCAGUGAUUGGUAAGUGCUGGAAAGGAUAAUUGGCCAUCAAAACUUCUCAUUAUCCCAAGAUAAUAUAACUACUUGUCUCCACUUGCCCCUUUCUAUAUACCAGAGAUGCAAGUAUUGCCAGUAAAUUUAUUUUUAAAGUGUUAUUGUUCACCUAGUGAAUGUACCCUUGUUGAAACUGCUUCAGGAUGUUAUUUCUUUUGCCUUAACUUAGCUAUUUUUUCAGGGAUACAGCAACCAAAUUCUUUACUGUAUUGUUAUUCUAAAAAAGGUUCACUUUGUUAAGUUAUACAUACACUCAAAUAUAUUUUCAGUAUUAUUUUUAUUUUUGCUGAAAUUGUAGCUGCCAUGGUGAAACAUCUUGUGAUACACUUGAAUAUAUUUUCAGUAAUAAUAUCUGCCGUUGUGAGAUGAUUAGGUUUUGUAAACAUUAGAGGUACUCCCGACCAAGCUGCGGUUGGUUAGUUCUAGGUUGUUGUCCGAGUAGCAUGUGUGGUCACUGGUUUGCUUCUCAACAGCCACUCUGAGGACCACUUGCUGGCCUUUCUGAGGCUUGAUAGCCCUAUUUCUGUGUUUGCCUCUUAUGCACACAAGUUAGCAGGAUAUCCUGACGGAACCUGUAAACUCUGAGCAGUCCAGCAUGAUUGCACAUAGUUUGCAUGUACAGUAUCACCAUUUCCUCUGUUUCCCAAGUUCUCAUACUGUGUGCUGCUUCUAUUUUGGUCCUCCUCUAUGCAUUGAUUAAGCUGUGAGUCAGCCUGCUUGAUUUCAUCCUUUGCUAACUAUCCUCGUGUUUAUUUCUGUGCAGACCAGUGCUUCUCUGGAACUCAGUCAAAUGGUUAAUGCAGAUGUUAAGUACAUUUUUCUUCCCUUGACUAACAAGAUGCUGCUCAGGCUGAAGAAGAUGUCAGCUGUCAGUUCUCACAACAUCAAGACAGAUCAGUUCUAAAAGGCUCUGUUUCCUCGAGGCAUUAUGAGAGCUGCUGUGAUGGUUCAUUUUGAGCUGGUGGCAUACCAAAAGGGGUUUCUGGUGAAGGCAGCCUUCUUCUUUUGCGCUCUGCACUUCCCUCUUUCACUUCUCCCCCUGAAGACUUUUAUUCUUUUCUGCCUUUCCCUGCAGAUCUAGGUCACCUUGUCUUUAACCCACUGGUCAGUUGGCAACAACAUUCACAGUUAUUGUUGAUAUUACUCAGACAAACUGUGCAUUUGUCUUCACUAUUACCUCAGUAUUUCCAUAUAUGUAGCUGAUACCUGUAUCACAUUCACAGGUCCACUUUGGCUAUUUCUCAUACACCUUCCUCUGUUACAUUUUGUCUUGGAAAGCUAGUUUCCACCCAGAAAGUGUCCCCUGCACCCUGAUGACUUUGCCUCUUUCAUUUAUUUAUUUGAAAGGGCAGUCAAGUUGUGCUCAGCCUGCUCAAUUGGAUCUGGUGCCAUCCAUUUCCUUGGAGGGCUCACUUCUUGGCCAGACAGUAACCAGAUUUACUACUAUCCACCUCUUAGCUUGAGUGAACGCAUCAGUACAACUCCACACUUGUGAGUUUCUGUUUGUUUCACUGUAUACCAUGCUCCUCAGACUGUCAUAACUUGUCAUAACACUGUCAUAAGCUUGGAAAAUGUGAUCUUGCUGAAGCUGAAAUUAAAUUUAUUUAAUUUUAAUAACAAUUUUAAUUUCAUUUAAAGGGUCUGUUCAGUGAUAGCUAUUCAGUGGUAUGUAGCCAUGGAUAUAAUCUGUCUUUUAUGUGUGUAAGUUUUGAGAUAUACACCACUGAAUCUUCUGCCCCCAACCUAAUACAGCGGAGGUGAGUGGAAUUUCAAAUGUUGAACAUUUAUUACAACAUUUAAUGGCAAUGAGUCUUUAUAUUGAGGCUCAUCUUUUGGUAGAGAGCAUUACCAAUGAAAUCCCAGGAUCUGUUUGGCAGAAAUUUCAGAGGUGGAUAUUUCAAAAUCUCAGCAUAUAAAAACAACUAUCUACAUCAGUAGACACAUACAGAGAGUGUCAGAAAAUAUGUCUUGUUGGUGCCACUCACAGUUGCAAAUUAGCCAAAACACACCCAUGUUUGGUUCACUGUGGCUUAAAUUCCAGCGCUUUGAUAUCACAGCUAAUGUGUCUCCAUAUGAUCUUCAAAAACAUGCCUGAGUAUUGCUGUUUGUGAAUUGCUGUGUUUGUUGUCUGAAGAUUUACUGUAUACAAUGUGUUAAAAAGAAACUGACUUAUUGUACAAAAAAACUAAGCUAGAACAUAUUUAUUAAAUGCAAUACAAUGUCUGUACAGUACAUGGGCUUUAUCUGAUUAUAAUGAACAGAAAGAUAAAAGUAUGCCAUUGGAAAUAAAUCUAUUUUUAUUUUUUUCUGUCUUCUCAAAU